AUGGGAGGAGUGACGUCUUCGGUGGCGGCGAAGUUCGCCUUCUUCCCGCCGACUCCGCCGUCUUACAAGGUGGUCACCGACGAGCUCACCGGACUGUUGCUUCUGGCCCCUUAUCCCCACCGCGAAAACGUGGAAAUCCUCAAGCUUCCGACGCGGAGAGGCACUGAGAUCGUGGCUAUGUACGUGAGGCAUCCGAUGGCUACUUGUACGCUCAUCUACUCCCAUGGAAACGCCGCCGAUCUGGGCCAGAUGUAUGAGCUCUUCAUAGAGCUUAGCAUCCACCUCAAGGUUAAUCUCAUGGGAUACGAUUACUCCGGGUAUGGACAAUCAACUGGAAAGCCGAGUGAGCAUAACACAUAUGCUGAUAUCGAAGCUGUUUAUAAGUGUCUUGAAGAUACCUACGGCUCUAAGCAGGAAGAUGUAAUCCUCUACGGUCAAUCUGUAGGAAGCGGACCCACAUUGGAUCUAGCUUCCCGGCUGCCUCUACUGAGAGCCGUCGUCCUUCACAGCCCCAUUCUCUCCGGUUUGAGAGUCAUGUACUCCGUCAAGAAAACCUACUGGUUCGACAUCUACAAGAAUAUCGACAAAAUCCCGUAUGUCGACUGCCCUGUUCUCAUCAUUCAUGGAACUUCGGAUGAAGUAGUGGAUUGGUGCCAUGGGAAGCAACUAUGGGAGCUCUGCAAAGAAAAGUAUGAGCCGCUUUGGGUGAAAGGAGGGAACCACUGUGAUCUUGAACACUACCCUGAAUACAUCAAACACCUCAAGAAAUUCAUCGCAACAGUAGAGAGAUUACCUUGCCGGAGAGUAGGCUCGAGGAUGAGCAGCAGCGAUCAAUCAGAGAGCGGGAGAGAUAGUAGCAGCAAGCUGAGGAUAACGUUUGAUCAUCUGGACCUGUCGAGGAGGAGCGUUGACUGCCAUGAGAAGAGUCGGAAGAGCGUUGACUACACGCAUCAGAUUGAGAGAGGGAGGAAGAGUGUGGAUAGGUUGGAUAGAGUAGGCUCCGAGUAA